AUGCAGAAAAUAGUGAUACCUUCCACUGAAGGACUUAUAGUUGAUGACGAACCAAAUGACAUGUCAAUCUUCCUAUACUCCAAAGCAUCUACCAAAACAUUCAACAUUGAUCUUGACGACUACUCACCCUCACCACAAAAAGAGUCUCAAGAAAAUGAUAAAAAUCAAGACGAAAAGUUCUCUACUUUUCAAUUGGAUCCUCCUCAGGAAGAUGAUGCUCAAGCACAUAAAGAGGAAGAAACUAUGUCUGAACUUGUGCCUAAACAUAUUCGACUAAUUGCCCAGAUGAUAGCUGAUGGCAUUGAGGAAAUCCCCUUCCACACAUCCUCUCAUUCAAAGUAUCUAGAUAAAUCUCAAUGGUAUCUAGAACGUAUGGUAGACAAUGUGUGUAUCCUUAAUAAGACAAGUGAAGUACUGGUGAAAAAACUAUUGGUCACCAUUGUAGACUUUCAUGACACAAAUUUGUAUAUCAAGGGACAAACUAUUCGUAACAUGCGAAAGAUCGAAAGACUAGAUCCAUAA